AUGGCUAAUCUUACUAAACUUGAGUUCGUUGCCCUUCAUGGUUCGGACAAGAACUACCUUUCAUGGGUACUGGAUACUGAAAUCCAUUUGGAUGCAAUGGGUCUUGGAGACACCAUUAAAAUUGAAAAUAAAGCAUCAAAACAAGACUGUGCUAAAGCAAUGAUAUUCUUACGUCAUCAUAUUGACGAAAUUUUGAAAAUUGAAUAUCUCACAGUCAAGGAUCCACUCGUUCUGUGGAAUAAUUUAAAAGAAAGAUAUGACCAUUUGAAGAUGGUCAUUCAUCCAAAGGCACAAUAUGAUUGGAUGCAUUUAAGGUUACAAGACUUUAAGUCUAUUCACGAGUACAAUUCUACCAUGUUCAGAACUACUUCUCAAUUGAAACUAUGUGGAGAUACGGUUAAUGGUGUUGAUAUGAUGGAAAAAACGUUCUCCACCUUUCAUGCCUUGAAUGUGCUUCUACAGCAACAAUAUCGAGAAAAGGUGAAUGAGGUGUAUGCCCACCACGCUAGGCGUGGAAGAGGUCGUGGACGUGGACGUGGCCGUGGUCGUAAUUAUGACCAAGAGCGAAAUCCUUUUCCCGGUGUUAAUCAUUCACCAAAGAAAAAUCACUAUCAAAAGGGAAAGGAAAAGAUGAGAAACGUGAAGCAGUUAAAACAAAUUGUUUUCGAUGUGGUGGAAGAGGUCAUUAUGCACGUGAUUGUCGUACUCCUAAACACCUGA